CGGCCACUUAUUUUUAAUAUUUCUCUUGAUUCUCCCUUGAAAUUAGAAUUCUCCGUCGACAUUAUCUACAAGAUGGAUACAGAAAAAGAAACACAAAAAAUCACCUUUCUUCAUUCUGCGAGAAUAGUUUCCUAUGCUAUUUUGAGACCACCACCGCUUACUUCCAUUUGUGGAGUUCACGAGGGACGAAAACCCAUGCCUGUGAUGAUUGCUCUCCACGGAGCAGGGCUUCAGGCAGAUGCACCCCAAGUGCGUGAGAUGUUGGAUGCUGCCAAUUAUGUUUGCUCGUGGAAGUUGCUCCCGACUGGUGUUACUCCAUGGAGUGGUGAUGACUGGCAUAUUUGGGGUGCCUCUGAUGUCCAAGCCGCUAUAGCGGCAAUCCCUGAAUGGAUCAGAAACGUUAACUGGAAAGGCCCACAUGCAGCUGUGGAUGACUGGAUUCUCACUGGCCAUUCGAAUGGAGGACAAGGGGUAUGGUUUUUUUCGACCCACUAUCCUGACAAUAUUAUUGCGGCGGCGCCAGUAUCAGGGUAUUCUUCCAUUGAAAACUACGUGUCAUACAAUAUGUGGCAGGAUUCCGACCCAAUAGUCUCAUCUGUUCUCCAGAGGUCUCGGUCAAGUUAUAAACAUGAACUACUGUUAGAAAAUGCUGCAGGCAUCCCGAUAUUUCAGCAACAUGGUUCUAGUGAUGAUAAUGUACCGGUGUACCACUCUCGUCUUAUGCACGAGCUACUUGGAAGAACCCAGGGGCCGUCUCAAUACAAUGAACUACCUGGAAAGGGUCAUUGGUUCGAGGGAAUCAUGACUACUUCGUCGUUGUUGGACUUUUAUGAAGAAAGGGCCAUUUCCCAGUACCGACCAAAGAUCCCAUUAUCAUUCAUCAUAAGCAUUCCGUCGUCUGGAGCCAUGGGAUCCGUGUAUGGGAUUUAUGUCGACCAGCUGCAGUCACCUGACAUGAACGGCAAAAUAGAGGUCACCCGAGAUCUGGGAAAUGGGGUUUGGUACCUGCAGACACAAAAUAUACAUCGCUUUCGUCUCUCAGUUAGCACCCGGGUAGAAGUCCCGGUUGCUUUAGUGUUGGACAGAAUGGAACAUCCAUUUAUCGUGGACCCAGGUCUAUGCGAAAAGACAUGGUAUCUUAAAGACCCUUUGAACCAAUGGAUAACAUCAAACGAUACUGAAUGGAAGAACAUUUACCAAAGGCAUGGCCGUCAAAUGGGCGCAAUGGAUGCUAUAUUGCGCUCCAAUGGGACCUUCACAAUCUCUACUUGCUCGGCUGGUGCUGAACACAUUGCACUUCAAAUUAGUCGGAACCUUCUGCAAUACUUUGCAGCAGAUUCUCUGAUAAUUGAGAGAUGCAGCUCGACCGCUCCUUUUCUAGGCCAAACAUCUAAAAGCAGACACGGCAAUUUUAUAGUCCUUGCUGUAGGCGAUGACUUGCCUCCCUCGAGGAAUCCGGCGUUUCCAAUUCGCGUUUGUCGUGGUACCCUCGUUCUCUCAAACGCAUGCAAUUCUCCCCAUUUCACAUAUGAAGCGGGAAUUGACCACGAGAAAGCACAGAAGUAUGUGUCCGAAUAUACCUACCAGAAAGGUCUGGGGGCGCUGUUUCUUCGUCCUUUAGAAAAUGAGCGAUUGGAGCUGAUUGUUUGGGGUGCGGAUAUACACGGUCUUGAACAAGCUGCACGUCUCGUGCCCACACUUACAGGUGUCGGACAGCCUGACUUUAUAGUACUGAGCGAUAGCUGCCGUUGGAAAGGUCACGGUGGUCUAUUUGCCGCAGGGCAUUUCAACAAAUUUUGGCAGAUAUCACCUGGUUCCUACAGGGGACCGGGAACGUACGGAACAUGCUUGCUAUGAAAGUAUCCUAAUGACGCUGCAACAAUCGCUAGGUGGGUAAUAUGUCUAUCUUUACCAACGAGAACAUAACACCAAUAAUUAUUCACGAAUCUUAG